CAUUGUAAGAGGUCCUUCACGUAUAUACGCGCCGCUAGGGCCAUGUUUUCCAGUAAAACUGAUGGACCACGCCGAGGACGGUCUUUCGACUCAAUUAACAAAUAUUAUGAGGAGAAACAAUUCAACAAUGAGAUAAACAAGUCUUCUUUUAACAAUACUGAUGAGGACCUAGUCAAAACCCUGUCCUCUGAGAAAGAACACACUGCAGUUGUCUUCUCUCUGAAGAAUGAAGUAGGUAACCUUGUAAAGGCACUAAAGAUUUUUCAGGAAUACCAAAUUAAUCUUUUGCACAUUGAGUCACGGAGGUCUAGAUGCAGCAACUCCGAGCUGGAAGUGCUUGUCAGCUGUGAAAGUGAGCGAGAGAUUCUGACCACGAUUAUCCAGCUACUGAGAAAGCAGAUGAAUGACCAUACCACAGACCCCCUGGACAAACUCUGCACCCCUGAGGAUGACAUCCCAGAAGAGCCCUGGUUCCCCAAGAAGAUGUCAGAUCUUGACAAGUGUGCCAAUCGUGUUCUGAUGUAUGGAUCUGCCCUGGACUCUGAUCAUCCUGGAUUUAAAGACAACGUCUAUCGUAAGAGGCGAGAAUUCUUCGCAGACCUUGCAAUGAACUACAGACACGGAGACCCAAUCCCGCGGGUGGAGUACACAGAGGAGGAGGUGCGGACAUGGGGGGUGGUGUUCGGGGAACUGAACAAGCUCUACCCCACACACGCGUGCAGGCAGUACCUUCGCAGCCUUCCCCUGCUCUCACAGCACUGCGGCUACAGGGAGGACAACAUCCCUCAGCUGGAGGAUGUGUCCCGCUUCCUCAGGGAGCGCAGCGGUUUUACAAUCCGCCCUGUUGCUGGGUACUUGUCCCCCCGUGACUUCCUGGCAGGGCUGGCCUUCCGUGUGUUCCACUGUACCCAGUACAUUCGCCACAGCUCGGCACCGCUCUACACACCCGAACCGGACACAUGUCAUGAAUUGCUAGGGCACGUGCCACUGCUAGCAGAGCCCACCUUUGCUCAGUUCUCACAGGAGCUUGGCUUGGCAUCGCUGGGGGCCCCUGACGAUGCCGUGCAGAAACUGGCAACCUGUUACUUCUUCACAGUGGAGUUUGGCUUGUGUAAACAGGAAGGGAAGCUGAGAGCCUAUGGAGCUGGUCUCCUCUCAUCUAUCAGUGAGCUGCAGCAUGCGCUCUCCAGCAAUGCCACAGUCCUGCCGUUUGAGCCCAAAGUCACAUGCAGACAGGAGUGUCUGAUCACCACCUUUCAGGAGGUUUACUUCAUGUCUGAGAGUUUUGAGGAGGCAAAGGUUCGAAUGAGGGAGUUUGCUAAGACAAUCAGGCGCCCAUUCACUGUGCGCUACAACCCAUACACGCAGAGCAUAUGUGUGUUGAAGGAUGUGCCCAGCAUCACCGGCAUGGUGGAAGAGCUCCGGCAUGAGCUGGAUGUGGUGGGUGAUGCACUGCAGCGGCUCAACAAACACCUGGGCAUCUAAUACCACCAAACCCCACCCAUGUCAGGAGGAGCAGAUUCCUAACCCCGCCCAUGUCAGGGCUACAGCACUGUGGCAUUCGAUGUGUUUCCUGCUGCAAAAAACUUAAUUCAUAGAGGGAUUGACAGGUGCAUUAAAUCAGGGAAAGCAUUAAAUUUUGCAAUCCUGUGGCUCAGCAGAACUAGUUUGAUAUCCUUUUCCUAAUCACCAAUAAUUCUUUAUAUAUAAUAUAAUAAUAUAAUAAUCUCUGAUUGCUGUUUAAUGACACUGCUAUCACUAAUGUUUUAAACACUAAAUUCACUCAUUAGCAAGUGUCAAACCACUGAUACUGUUGCUACUACAGAGGAAAUCCAGUGCUUUUGGCUUCACACCCAUGUCCAUCCGAGUUAAAUGGCUUAAUAAAAGAAAAUUGUUAAUCUUUGAAAGACACAUUUUUCUUUGAAGAAUCAAAUUCUUCAAAUU